UCCCUUGUUUUAAUUUUUACCAUUGAAUUUAUUAGAUUUUUAUUUAAAUUGAACACGUCCACAAACGAUAUGUAGGUGGAUAUCUUGUCACUGAAGUAGACUCCUGUUAACGUGUUUGCCUUACUAUUCUACAAAAAGUAUUGUACGUGUCUGAUUACUUUUUGUUCAGCGCUACAGCAUUGCUUUCAAAAUAACAAACCAUUACCAGUAAUUGGAAAUGAAUGAACGUAUUAUUUUUGGGAGCCUCUAUGUGAGCUAUAUGCUGAAUGUUUACUGCAAAAGAUCUGUAACAUUUGCUCUUCCCGAAAUUGCAAAAACUGAGGGUAUUGACAAAGAUGAACUUGGUAUUAUUUUAAGCAGUCAGUUGUUAGCUUACACAGUCGGGAAAUUUGCAUCAGGAAUAUUGUUGGACUUUGUGCGUCCCCGCAUUCUCUUGUCUAUCAGCCUGAUUGCCGUUGGUGUUACAGUUAUACUUUUUGCAAGUGUGCCCAGCAAUAUCUGGCUGUUAACUGUGAUAUGGAUUCUGAAUGGUCUAGCCUGCAGUCCAGGGUGGCCUGCAUCUGCACUCAUCAUGAGAAGGUGGUUUCGAGAGGACCAGUUUGGGACGGCCUGGAGUAUGCUGUCCACUUCAAUGAACCUUGCAGGCUUUGUUGGCCCUCUCAUUACGGCGUUUAUUUCAACAUACAGCGGCUGGCGAAGUAGUCUCACUCUACCUGGGUUCAUCAUCAUGGGAUAUGGAUGUUUGGUGUUGAUCAUUCUUAAGGAUGCUCCAGUUUCUUCUGAUGCGAGUGGUGAUAAAAAGAAAAGUUCAGGAGAUUUUCCAACUGUGAUAUCGAGAUGGGAUUUAUUCAAGUUGCCGGGUUACCUGGGCGUGUGUACCACCUACUUCAUCAUCAGCCUGCUGCAGUUUGGUACAAUACAGUGGCAGCCUGUACACCUGGUCAAUGAACUUGGUCAUAACAUCAUUGUUGGUAACAGUUAUAUUAGCAGUCUGGAGGUUGGUGGCAUUUGUGGGUCAAUACUAGCUGGCUAUUAUUCUGACUCACUUUUAACAAAGUGGUCAGAAGUGCCAAACCAAGUCGUUCGCCAACAUGUGAUAGCCUGGUUUUCCAGCGGCCUCGCCAUCUUCCUCUGCCUUAUCACUUACUGUAUUACACAAUACUCAUCAAUGGUCUGGAUUACCCUGAUUGGUUUUGGUAUGGGGAUAACCCUGUAUGGGCCCAUCUCUAUCCUUGGGCUCACUGCCAUGGAAUGUGCCCCCACCCACAUGGCUGGGACCGCCCAUGCUGUGUCCUGUCUCUUUGCCAACUUUGGUCAGACGAUGGCCGGUUUCCCCCUUAGCUAUGCAGUCACAUGGCUUGGCUGGCAGAGCACUUCCUUUCUACAAAUGAUCAUUGUCAUUCUGAUGGUUGUUUACCUCUUCUUCUGUACAACAAUGAACAAAAAGCAAGCUUCUAAACAACAGAAGAGGGAUUAGAAGGACAAUUCUCUAACUCAGUAUUAACAUGACAUACAAUGUAAUCAAAACAACGAAAGAAUAAGACAAUGUUUCGUAGUUUGAUCGUAGAUUGAUAGUUUCUUACCUGCACAUACUUCAUUAAUUUUGCCCUUUGUGUUCUUAUUGAUGCAAUCUAGAUGUGCAUGUAUUCCAUGUUGUUUUAACUCAGUACAGCCAGUUAGUAGCUCGAAGAAGGUACCGUAUAUGAACAAUGUAGUGACAUUUUGGAGACAAUAGGAGAUUCACAUAAAAAUGAAAGAAAACAUCUCUUCAAUUGUUGAGUAUGCGAUUUCUCUGACCAUGUUCAAGUACUCUGACACUUAUAUUUAGCAAUUUUUAUUCAUGAUCAUGGGCAGAUGUUUCCUUUUAAUUUUGCCCCCGAAGGUGGGCAUAUAAAAAUCGCUCCGUCCGUCCAUCCGUCUGUGUGUCCGGCUCAAUAACUCGUGUCUGGGCUGUAACUUUCUCUAGAACAGAUUUUAAAAUAACUUGCCACAUGUGUUUGACAUACCAAGACGACAUGUCGCGUGUAAGACCCGAGGUGUUUAUUCACAACGGAAUGCUGCAUAAAAGAACAUAAGAGUAUAGGUUGUCAUGUCCGGGCUGUAACUUUCUCUUGUUUGGACAUAUUUUAAAAUAACUUGCCACAUGUGUUCGACAUACCAAGACGACGUGUCGCGUGCAAGACCCGUGUCCCUAACUCUAAGGUCAAGGUCACACUUAGUGUUAUUCACAAUGGAAUGUUGCAUAUAUAAGGACAUAGAGUAUAGGUUGUCGUGUCUGUGCUGUUACUUUCUCUUGUUUGGACAUAUAUCAAAAUAACUUGCCACAUGUGUUCGACAUACCAAGACGACGUGUCGCGUGCAAGACCCGUGUUCCUACCACUAAGGUCAAGGUCACACUUAGUGUUAUUCACAAUGGAAUGUUGCAUAUAUAAGGACAUAGAGUAUAGGUUGUCGUGUCUGUGCUGUUACUUUCUCUUGUUUGGACAGAUUUUAAAAUGACUUGCCACAUGUGUUCAACAUACCAAGACGACGUGUCGCGUGCAAGACCUGUUUCCCAUUCUCUAAGGUCAAGGUCACACUUAGGUGUUUAUUCACAAUGGAAUGCUGCAUAUAAGGACAUAGAGUAUAGGUUGUCGUGUCCGGGCUGUAACUUUCCCUUGUAUGGACAGAUUUUUACAUGACUUGCCACAUGUGUUCGACAUACCAAGACGACGUGUCGCGUGCAAGACCAGUGUCCCUCCCUCUAAGGUCAAGGUCACACUUAGGUGUUUAUUCACAAUGGUAUGCUGCAUAUAAGGAAAUAGGGUAUAGGUUGUCUUGUCCGGGCUGUAACUUUCUCUUGUAUGGACAUAUUUCAAAAUAACUUGCCACAUGUGUUCGACAUACCAAGACGACGUGACGCGUGCAAGACCCGGGUCCCUACCUCUAAGGUCAAGGUCACACUUUGGUGUUUAUUCACAAUGGAAAGCUGCAUAUAAGGAUCUAGAGUAUAGGUUGUCAUGUCCGGGCUGUAACUUUCUCUUGUAUGGAAAGAUUUUAAAAUAACUUGCCACAUGUGUUUGACAUACCAAAACGACGUGUCGCGUGCAAGACCCUCUAAGUUCAUGGUCCCACUUUCUCUUGUAUGGACAGAUUUUAAAACAUCACUGACAGGUAAUUAGUGUUUUUAUAAUUAUUCCACUUGUUCAUAAGUGUGCUUUAUACUUUUAUGAAAUGCUGCAUAUAUGCUCAUAGAUGUCAUAACCGGGCUGUAAUUUUGUCAUGUAUAUGACAGAUUUACAACAAAACUUGGCUCAUGUGUUUGGCAUAUAAAGAUUGUGUGUCGUAUGCAAGAUCCACAUGCAUACAUCAACGGUCAGUGUUUGAUCUUUAACUUUUCAUGUAUUGACCUUGUUCAUAGGUCAGUGUCACAUUCGGGGGCAUUCGUCACUUACUGUGACAGCUCUUGUUUACAUUACAAAUGUCGGCUUAUGUAAAAUUACCAUGUGCAUGUGUAUUUUGUUUUUAGUGUUAUGUGUUUAAGCUUAGCUUACAAUUUAGAUACGUAAUAUAAUGUAUUGUUCUAAUGCAUGGCAAUGUUUUUUAUAUUGUUGUUGUUUUGCUUCUACGUUUUUUUACACAUUGUUCUGGUACAGUCAGCUGAUUUUUGUUAUUAUUCAUUAUAAUUUACUGUCUAUUAAAGUAUG